AUGCCCAAGAUCACCGUGAAUGGUGUGUCGGUGGAUUUCCCGUUCCAGCCAUACAGAUGUCAGCAGGAGUACAUGGCCAAGGUCCUGGAGUGUCUGCAGAAGAAAGUGAAUGGCAUCCUGGAGAGUCCGACAGGCACAGGGAAGACGCUAUGCCUCCUCUGCACCACGCUGGCCUGGCGUGAGCACCUUCGAGAUGGCAUCUCUGCCUGCAAGAUCGCUGAGAGGGUGCAUGGGGAGCAGUUCCCUGACCAGGCCUUGCCCUGGGGGAGCAGUACCAGCUCUGGAGACAUCCCAGCUUGCUACAUGGACAUCCCGAAGAUCAUUUACGCCUCCAGGACCCACUCACAGCUCACGCAGGUCAUUGGCGAGCUUCGGAAUACUUCCUACCGGCCCCGGGUGUGUGUCCUGGGCUCCCGGGAGCAGCUCUGCAUUCACCCUGAGGUGAAGCAGCAGGAGAGUAACCACAUGCAGAUCCAUCUGUGCCGCAGGAAGGUGGCGAGUCGCUCCUGCCACUUCUACAACAACGUAGAAGAGAAGAGUAUGGAACAAGAGCUGGUCACCCCCAUCCUGGACAUUGAGGACCUGGUCAGGAGUGGGAGCAGACACAAGGUUUGCCCAUACUACCUUUCCCGGAACCUGAAGCAACAGGCCGAUAUCAUCUUUAUGCCCUACAAUUACUUGUUGGACCCGAAGAGUCGAAGGGCGCACAGCAUUGACUUGAAGGGGACAGUGGUGAUCUUUGAUGAAGCUCACAAUGUGGAAAAGAUGUGUGAGGAGUCGGCGUCCUUCGACCUGACCCCCCAUGACUUGGCUUCUGGACUGGGCGUCAUAGACCAGGUGCUGGAGGAGCAGACCAGGGCUGCACAGCAGCGUCAACUCUACCUGGAGCCUGAAGCGGGCCUGGGAGCCUCUGGGCUGAACAUGGAGCUUGAAGACAUUGCAAAGUUGAAGAUGAUCUUGCUUCGCUUGGAAGGGGCUAUUGAUGCCAUUGAGCUAUCAGGAGACAGUGGUGUCACCAAGCCAGGAAGCUACAUCUUUGAGCUGUUUGCUGAAGCCCAGAUCACGUGCCAGACCAAGGGCUGCAUCCUGGACUCCCUGGACCAGGUCAUCCAGCACCUGGCAGCCCGUGCUGGGGUGUUCACCAACACGGUAGGGCUGCAGAAGCUCUCGGACAUCAUCCAGAUGGUCUUCAGCACUGACUCACCUGAGGGUAGCCCGGGCUCUGUAGGAGGUCAGGGGGCAUCGAAGUUCUACAAGGUGCACAUCCACCCCGACACGGGCCAGCACAGGAGGGCGCAGAGGUUAACCUCCUGGAAUGCCGCGGCAGCCAGGAAGCAAGGGAAGGUGCUAAGCUACUGGUGUUUCAACCCAGGCCACAGCAUUCGUGAGCUCAUGUGCCAGGGGGUCCGCUCACUCAUUCUCACCAGUGGCACGCUGGCCCCUGUGUCCUCCUUUGCCUUGGAGCUGCAGAUCCCUUUCCCUGUCUGCCUGGAGAACCCUCACGUCAUCGACAAGCACCAGAUCUGGGUGGGGAUCAUCCCCAAAGGUCCCGACGGGGCUCAGCUGAGCUCGGCGUUUGACAGACGGUUUUCUGACGAGUGCCUGUCCUCGCUGGGGAAGACCGUGGGCAACCUUGCCCGCGUGGUGCCUCACGGACUGCUGGUCUUCUUCCCUUCAUACCCCGUCAUGGAGAAAAGCCUGGAGUUUUGGCGGGCCCACGACUUUGCCCGGAGGAUUGAGGAGCUGAAACCGAUGUUUGUGGAGCCCAGGGGCAAAACUGGCUUCUCGCAGGUUAUUGAUGCUUACUAUGCUAAGGUCACUUCUCCAGGGUCCGGCGGGGCCACCUUCCUGGCUGUGUGCCGUGGGAAGGCCAGUGAGGGGCUGGACUUUGCAGACAUGAAUGGCCGUGGUGUGAUUGUCACGGGCCUCCCGUAUCCCCCACGCAUGGACCCCCGAGUUGUCCUCAAGAUGCAGUUCUUGGACGAGAUGAGGGGCCAGAGUGGAUCCAGAGGCCAGUUCCUCUCUGGACAAGACUGGUACCGGCAGCAGGCAGCCAGAGCUGUGAACCAGGCCAUUGGCCGGGUGAUCCGGCACCGCCAGGACUACGGUGCCGUCUUCCUCUGCGACCACAGGUUCGCUCACGCCGACACCAGAGCCCAGCUGCCGUCAUGGGUGCGUCCGUUUGUCCAGGUGUAUGACAGCUUUGGCCCUGUCAUCCGGGAUGUGGCCCAGUUCUUCCGUGUUGCUCAGAGAACGAUGCCUGUGCCCACACCCCGGGCUGCUGCUGUGGGCCCAUCCCUGGGAGACAGUGCCGUCCCAGGGGUCACACCGCCCAGCCCCCUGGUCCUGACCAGAAGUGCCAAGAGCCUGGAUGUGCACGUGCCCAGCCUGCAGCGGAGGCCCGUGGGGUCAUUGGCUGCCGGGGAAGCUGACAGCAGAGUGUGCCUGGAAUAUGAGCAGGGGCUGGUCCUGGCCCAGCGGAGGCCCAAGGGGCUGCUGGCUGCCCUGGAGCACACCGAGCAGCGGGCCGGGAGGCUUGGGGAGGAGGAGGUGCCCUGCUGCUCCACCCUGUCACUGCAGCAUGAGAAGAGGUUGGUGGACGCACAGAGAGGGUGCAGGAAGAGGAUCAAGCUUGUCGGUGGCCACUGCCCUCAGGUGCACCUGUGCUUUGGGUCAUCCCUGAGCGUGACCACCCUCAAAGACUGGAUGGGCACAGGCCAUGCCGCAGUCUCCAAGGCACCCAUGCCCCUGCCCGGGUUGGAUGCGGAGGAGACAGCACUGCCGGCCCAGGAGCCUGGCUUUGAGGGGAUCCUGGUCUCUGCCCUGUGGCUGCUCUCAGGCUAUGCAUCUGACUACAUGCCCAGACCUGGCCUCUUCUCACGGCUGCCCUGCUCUGCCUCCAAGAGUGAGCGUGGCCUGUGGGAGGCAGAGGAACUGGCAUCUGGUGAGCAGGUAGACAGAGCCAAGCUGUUCAUGGCAGCUGUGAAGCAGGCCCUGAGCCAGGCUAGCUUCAGCACCUUCACCCGGGCCUUGCGGGACUAUAAGGGCUCCGACAACCUGGACGACCUCACUGCCAAACUUGGGCUCCUCUUCGCCGAGGACCCUGGGAAGCACAGCCUGCUCCGAGGGCUCUACCAGUUUGUCCGGCCCCACCACAAGCAGCGGUUUGAGGAGGCCUGCCUCCAGCUGACGGGUCAGGGCUGCAGCUACCAGCCAGAGCAUAUCCUAACUGGAGGGCAGCUGGCCUCUAGCCCCAGUGAGGGGCAGCAGCCUAAUACUAGGCUGAUUGUCUCCGAGGCUGCGGCCGUGCAGCUGGGUCCUGGAGAGCACCUGAACCAGGGUGGGCCCCAUCUGGCCACGAGGCCUCCUACCACAGGAGAGCCCAGCAGCCACCCAGGAACAGGCCGAUGGGGCCGGCACACCGUGACUGCCUACCUAGAGGAUGCCCGAAGGGCACUGGGCUCCGAAGGCUGCAGCCAGCUCUUGGCCGCACUGACUGCAUACAAGAAGGAUGACAGCUAUGACAAAGUGGUGGCUGUGGUGGCUGCGCUAACCACUGCCAGGCCUGAGGACUUCCCACUGCUGCGGAGAUUCAGCAUGUUUGUGCGCCCACACCACCGGCAGCAGUUCCUGCAGAUGUACUUGGACCUGACGGGCCAGCCCACCCCAGCUGGUGCGGUGGGAGCUCCAGCCACCAGCAUCACCGGGCCUCCCAGCCCAGAGCCCAGCCACAGGCCAGGCCCUUCCCAGUCUGAGAAACCCAGCAAGGCCCAGAGGCUGGCUGAAAGCUCAGGAGCCAACGCUGUCCUCACAGAGUCCCCCUGCGGCCAGUCAGAGUCCCCGAGGGGUAUGUCAGGGAAGGGAGCCUGUGCCAAGGUCCAUGGCUCCACAUGGCCCCGUGCAGGGGGCUCUUCGUGCUCCGGCUGUGGGGAGGACGGCCAGGUGCUCUUCCAGUGCCCUGCCUGUGACUUCCAGUGCUGCCAGGCCUGCUGGCACCAGCACCUCCAGGCCUCUAGGACAUGCCCAGCUUGCCACGCUGCUGCCAGGAAACAGAGUCUCUCACAAGUCUUCUGGACGGGGCCCCUGCGGGCGGGCUGUGGCCGCGGGCCUGCGGAGCGCCGCGCUUCCCCCGCACCAGCGCACCCCGAGGCCGCGGACGUCCGCUCCAGCAAGGACCAUGAGGCUGGCUGGCUGGCUGGGCCCGAGCUCGCCGUGGGCGCUGGCCGCCCUGCUGCUGGCGCUGGCCGCGCGCGGGGUGGCGAGCGGCGCGCCCACCUUCCCGUGGCGGGACACCGAGACGCUCGAGCGGCUGGUGUGUGAGCAGUGUCCGCCAGGCACCUUCGUGCAGCAGCCCUGCGGCCGGGGCCGCCCCACAGCGUGCGCCGCGUGCCCGCCGCGCCACUACACGCAGUUCUGGAACUAUCUGGAUCGCUGCCGCUACUGCAACGUCAUCUGCGGGGAGCGCGAGGAGGAGGUGCGGCCGUGCAGCGCCACUCGCAAUCGGGCCUGCCGCUGCCGGCCCGGCUUCUUCGUGCACGCCGGCUUCUGCCUGGAACACACGCAGUGCCCGCCCGGCGCCGGCGUGGCGGCUCCCGGUGGGUGCACGGGCCCGGGGGGAGCGCGGGGCGGAGCGGCGCCGGUCGGCAGCCCCGUGACCCCGUGCGCCCCGCUCCAGGCACUUCCAGCCAGAACACGCAAUGCCAGCCGUGCCCCGUGGGCACCUUCUCUGCCGGGCGCUCAAGCUCCGAGCGCUGCCAGCCCCACCGCAACUGCUCGGCCCUGGGCCUGACCCUCAACGUACCCGGCUCCUCCUUCCACGAUGCCCUGUGCACCGGCUGCUCAAACUUCUCGCUCAGCACCCCGGAGCCAGGCGCGCCCCCACCCCGGGCCUCAGGCGGCGCGCUCCGCUGUGCGGCGCCUGUGCCCUUCCCACCGCCUCGGCUUUCCACCCGGGCUUGUCCCAGCCUCCUGCCCUUGAUCGGCGCCCAGCCCCUUGAGAGCCGUGCUCUGUUUGCAGGGCCGGAGUGCGAGCGCGCCCUCGUGGACUUCGUGGCCUUCCAGGACAUGCCCUUCAAGAAGCUCCUGCGGCUGCAGCAGGCCCUGGCGGGAUCCGGGGGGCAGAGGGCGCCGCCGCCGCCGCCGCCGCCGCGGGAGGAGGGUCGUGCCGCCUUGCAGCUCGACCUGCGACAGCAGCUGCUGGAGCUAGGUGCGCAGGGCGGGGUGCUGGGGGUGCGGCUGCUGCGGGCGCUGAGGGCGGCCAGGCUGACCGCGCUGGAGCGUAGCGUCCGUGCGCGCUUCUCCACCUCCCUCUGA